AUGAAUUACCAAUGUCGGCCGAUACGAGAACCAAUAAAAGUAAUCGUAGUUAAUCCUCUUGCGCCGGCGUCUCAAUUAAUAAUAGUAAAAAUAAUGUCUGGCGUAGUCUUUGGAAUUGAACAAUCGAUUGAUCUGUAUUUAAUAGUGUACGCUACUGAGAUGAAAUCUGCGAACGCUUUUAGGUUGGAAAUAGAAUCAUGUGCCUUUUCCUGCACUAAUUCCAUCAAAGUGUCUUCUGAUUUGCCAAGUGCUUGUGACGGCGACGUAUUUUGUUUUAUGACAAACUUUAGCAACCCGAACCGUUUGGUUUUCACUACAGAAGAAUAUAGCGAGAAUUUUGACGCAUUAUACUUGAUAAUAAAAUUAGCAAACACUUUCUCAUGGUCAGCGGAAAACGGAGAACCAGUGAAAUCUGUUAUUUUUAAUAAUAAGAAGGCUGAUAAAAAGUCGACAGAUAAAAACUGGAAUCCUAUCUUUAUGACCGAUGGCUUGGUGGCUUUAGAUAUUUUGAAUUCUAUGGCUAAGGAUUUGCCAUCGCAUAUAUUUUAUUGCCCAACACCUAUAACGGCAAUUGCAAGAGGGAUUUUGGGAGACUAUUUGCAAGUUCGUUGUAGCCUGAUCAAUGAGUUACUUGUUUGGGCUGCCAAUGAUGAAGUAUUUCAUGUCGAAGUAGAAAAACCUUUGGUAGCCUAUGAUGUUUCUGGUGAUAAGUCUCGAUGCCAGAGUGACUUGGUCGGAAAAGAUAUUUUGCAGUCACGUAACUUUGAUACCACUCAAUUGAGUGCUUCAUGGAUGAAAAAAGAAUUUAUUGAAAAGGUGGCGUCAUCUGCAUCGAAGAAUCCUUACGGAUGUAUUUACAGAGCGGCUCAAUUCAGCAAAACUUUGAGAGACAUUUGGUUAACUCGCGCCUGUGGUGACGGCAAGAAAGUUUACUGCAAUAUUGGUAUAAUUAGUGAUGGUUCUCUUGGAACUAUAAAAGGUUACCCUUACGUAUUGCCAAUAAUAUUGGAUAAAGGUACUUGGAGUAUAAACAACCGUUUUGUUGAAGAUACUCAUCUCAAGCAGGAGAUUAAAAGGAUUAAUAAAGCAGUUAAAAACCAUCAUCAACAGUUGAUCCCGUAUUGCAAAAAGUUUUUACAAGAUAACAUUAUGAAUCAAGCAUUUAAAAGUGAAGACAGCGUCUUUAUGUUUUAA